UUUAACUAUUAAGUACUCCCAUAGCAUUAAGUGCGAAAUCCACACCCGCAUCGCCGGCGGGGGUAACCUGGGAGCUCAUCUCGAAGCUCGGACGCGGUCUAUGCACUUUGCACACACACACUCCACAACCAGACAAACACAAGCCGCAAUUUGCCAUUGACGGUGACGAUUGUUAGCUAGCUUUUCUUUUGGCAGCACCUGCAGCGGCGUACAACAAUAGCAAGAACCACAACAAGAACAGCCAGGAUCCUGGGGUACAUCAUGCGCCGAUUCCUGCGGUCGGCCAUGAUCGUCUUCAGCUGGUUCGUGGUUCCCUACAGCCGGUACACCAACAUCAAGGUGAUCCGGCGCAAGCUGCCCCCCAUCCGCAGCCACCUGCUGGAGAUCCCUGCCGUCGACCUGGCCAAGCUGAUUCGCACACGAAAGAUUAAAAGCGAAGAAGUCGUCGAGGCCUACAUAGAACGGUGUCGGCAGGUUAAUCCCCUCAUAAAUGCCAUCGUGCAGGAUCGCUUCGAGGAGGCGCUGGAAGAGGCGCGCGAGAUCGACAAAGUGAUAGCCAUGGGCAUUAACAGCGUGGAGUCGAUGGAGGAGCACACUCCCCUACUUGGCAUCCCGGUGACCGUCAAGGAGAGCAUCGCCGUCAAGGGUAUGACCAACCAGGCGGGACGAGUCUUCAAAACGCCGCAGAUAGCCAAGUCGGAUGCGCCGGUGGUGGAGCAGAUUAAGCGAUGCGGUGGCAUCAUCUUACUGGUCUCCAACACCCCCGAGCUGUGUCUGCUCUGGGAGACCUACAACAAUGUCACGGGUCAGACGAAGAACCCCUACGAUCUGAAGCGCACCCCAGGCGGCUCCUCCGGCGGCGAGGCAGCGCUCCUGGCUAGUGGGGCCUCUCUGCUGGGCCUUACCUCAGACAUUGGAGGCUCUUCGCGUCUCCCCGCCAUGUUUAGCGGGAUCUGGGGGCACAAGCCCACGCCGUAUGCCGUCUCGUUUAAGGGCCACCACCCGACGAGCGACUUCCCCAAGUGGGGCGACUUCUUCACCAUCGCCCCCAUGACGCGCUACGCCAAGGAUCUGCCGCUGCUGCUCAAGUGCAUGAAUGAUCCCACGGGUCCGAAGCUAACCCUGGAUAGGGCGAUCAGUGUCCAUGGCAUAAGGUUCUUCUUCAUGGACAACGACGGGCCGUCGGGCAUGAUGCGGCCGCUCAGCCGGGAUCUGCACGCGGCCAUCAACCGGGUGGCCACCGACUUCAACGCCAAGCGAGUGAACAUCCGGAAGAUGAAGUGGUCGCUGGACAUAUCGCUGUCGGCCAUGCUGACCAUGAAGAACAUCGAGACCAUCUACCACAAGACGGAGGAGGGCGAGCAGCCGAAAACCGUGUGCAAGGAGACGGUCAAGUACUUCUUCGGCUGCUCGGACAGCAUCCUGCCGUCGGUGAUAUUCGGCCACCUGCAGAACUUCAUGAAGAUCAUCCCGAACUCGCGCCACAAGCACCUGGCCAGCAUCAUAGAUGCCCUCAAGACUGAAUUCAAGGAGAUGCUGGGCAACGACGGCGUCUUCAUCUACCCCACAUUCCCGAACACGGCGCACCAGCACUACCAGAUCUACCACAAGCUGCUCGAGCCCAUGUACAUGGCCAUUUUCAACACACUCGGCCUGCCGGUGACGAACUGCAUGAUCGGCCUGGACAGGCGCAACCUGCCCAUGGGCCUCCAGGUGGUGGCCAAUCCCGGCCAGGACCACCUCUGCCUGGCGGUGGCCCGGGAAAUGGAACGCCGGUAUGGCGGCUGGGUGCGUCCACCGUCCGAGGACAGCCACAGCAGCGGCGGGAGCAGCAAGCAGCGUGGCUAGGCUGGAGGGAGUGGCUUGAGCCAUUGCGUGAUUCUCUUGUACUUUGUUUUGUUUUUAGCUAAUUGUAGCAUCGAGCAGUUAGGAAAAUUCACAGAGACUUUCAAUUGUUUAGAGCUAUCAGAUAUAUUAUUUCGUUUCGAUUGAAUGAGAGGAUGGGUACGAAUCCCUUGAGCAACCGUUGUAUCCUGUCCUGUAUUUAAUUUGAAAGUCACAUCACACCAGCAUCGAGCAGGCCGAGAGAGUUCGCCGAGAGCCUUCGGAAUUGAUCCUGCCGAUCCGCACAUCAUGUUCCAUUGUUUUAAAUUAUUAUCGAGAACUCUGAGCUAGUACAGUGUAUCCGUAAUUGUAUUAUUGUAUCUCUUAUGAACCUACGACAUGUAUGUAAAUAUUCGUGUAGCGUUUAAGUGUUAGUUUUAUGCCGCACCCGGCUAAGAUCGAUAAAUAUAUGUGUGUAUCCAUAAUGUGUACAUUUUGUAGCAUCUCUUUUGACCAACUUUACAACUACGACUCUUGCAAAGAACCAAAUUUGUUGAAUAAAUACGUAACAGAAAAUAUUAA